AUGGUCAAGGACGGUGAAUCCUCAGUCUUUCAUCCGGCUCUUGGUAUUAGUAACAUUAAGAAUGCUAUGCCUCUAAUUCUUGAUCGUGAAAAAGUCCAAUAUUCCAAUUGGGUUGAGUUAUUUGAGUAUCAUGCUCAUGUUUUUGAUGUUCUUGAUCAUAUUGACCCAAAAACACCACGUCCUACAGACCUUUCCAACACUAUGUGGAAAAUGCUUGAUUUCGUUGUCAAGAAUGGGAUUUAUGGUACCAUCUCUACUGAUUUGCUAGAAACAAUCUUGUGUAAAGGGGAUACGACACAACAAGUUUGGAAUAAACUUAAGGAAAUUUUCCAAGAUAAUAAAACCACUAGGGUGGUUUAUCUGGAAAACCAAUUUAAUCAAUUGCACCUGUCAAAAUUCUCUGACAUCUCUUCUUAUUGUCGGGAAUUAAUAAAGAACUUGAAGGAUCAACUUGCUAAUGUUGAUCAACCCGUGUCGGAGAAAAAACUAGUCAUUCGACUAGUUUCGGGGCUAGUAAAUACCAACUUUGAUACUGUUGCUGCAAUGAUACAACAAACUACCUCGUUGCCUUCCUUUGAAACAGUGAUAUCAUGCUUGCUUCUUGAGGAGUCGAGGCGCGCCAGUGAUUCAUCACCACAAGCAUCAUCAUUUGUGGCUCAAUCUGGCAACACUUCAGGUUCGUCGGCCUCUCUACAGAUGCAGGCGGCACCGGCUGGUCAGGCUGGCGGCUCCAAUGGCAGAGGUCGUGGUCGUGGCCGAGGUUGA